AUGAAGACCACCGCUUUUGUUCUCGGGGCCUUGGUUGCCCACGCAGCCGCCCACGGGGAUGACCACGGGGGCAAGCGAGAACUAGGGCUAGGGCUAGGGGUUUCUGUCGGGCUCGGAAUUGGGCUGGGCUUACCGCCCCGUCCGACGACACAGUGGACGACCAGCAUCCAAACCAUCAUCAGCUGCCCUCCCGCCUACACCAACUGCCCAUCCCACAGCACCGUCCUGACGACCGUCACCAUCCCGGUCACCACUGUGUGCCCUGUCACCGAUUUUUCCACCACAUCGUCUCCUCCACCGCCGCCGCCGACCUCUACCUCCACCUCCGUGGCACCACCCACCUCCACCUCUACAUCUGUGACGCCGCCCAGCUCAACCUACGUGGCCUCGCCUCCGCCUCCUCCAUCCUCGUCAACCUGGACUACAGAGACCUCGAGCUCCUCGUCUCAUCCUCAUCCUCCUCCGCCACCGCCGUCGGCCGGCUCAAUCUUGUCGACUCUCUCUCCGCCACCUCCGCCGCCCGUCGUCACCACCCUGCCGACACUGACCAGGUCCGUUGGAACCAUUGCCCCUUCGACCAGGACGACGACGACGGACCAGGCGGUCGUCACGGCCGGCGCCGCCCACAAUGCCCUUGAGCGCGCUGGCGGCGCCCUGGCUGCUCUUGCUGUUGCUGCUGCGCUUCUCUGA